AUUUAAAUACAAUAUUCUACAGUAGAUGAAGAAUUUAUAUUUAUACCAAAUUUAUUGACCUUAAUUUUCGUGAAGCAAAAAUCGUUUUUUCAGUAAUGUAUCAAGCACGUAUGCCAAGUGAAUUCGACUUCUUAAAAACAUGAAUUUUUUAAUUAUUUAAGAAGCGAAUCACGAUUUUUUAAUAUUCAAAUCAACUUAACCUCAAUUAAUUAAUAUUCAAAUGUAAACUUCCCUCUUACAUGAAAAAUGAGUACUCGCCCUAGCAGAAAGAAAAAAAAACGUAAUGAUCCAGACUUGACCAGAAUUCAGCAGAAACAUCCAAAUAAAUGGACCGUCGAGGAUAAAAAAAAUCUAUUAAGAGCUAUCAAACAAUAUGGACACACGGAUAUAACUGGAAUAGCCGCUAUGAUGAACAAUAAAUCUCCAACUUCAAUUAAAUUAAUCAUCCAUAAAAUUAUGCAAAAAGCAAGAGUGAAGUCAAGCUCUUUGCCUUGCACUACUCUUGAAACUUGGCUCAAUUCAGGAAUGUUUGAUGAUACAAGUUCGCCGAUUGCUCAAGCUUUCAAAUUAAUAUCAAUGUUCGAGAAACAUCCGCCUCCAGAGGAGAGCAAUGGUUUUGACUUUGGCCAAGUCUACGACUACCUCCAUCGGAUUAUAUUGGGUAAUCCACGAAUGGAAAUUUCAGAAGAAACUUUAUUAAAAUUGAAAAGCUUAAUGGAUGAAGUGCACAAUGAAGUUUGGCCAGCAGCUGAGAACGAUGUCGUGGGUUAUUUGGGAACACUCAAUAGAAGAAAGCUCGCUCUACAGUGUUAUCCACCGAUGAGUAAACUGGAAUCUCGAAGAAUCAUUGGUCCUGAUCAGGAUUGAGCGCUGUAUAUUUUCUCAAGAGCUGUUAUUUCUCACUAAUAAUCAACGAUACAGAAAAAGGGAACAAAAGCCGAUAAAUACAGUUUCUCAAAUCGUUUAUUCCUGUGAUAUUUUUUUUUUCUAUUUUAUAAAACAAUCGUUGAUCUGGAUUUAUCGAUUUUGUUCCAAGCAAACCGUGUUCCCUAACCAACAACAUUUUUAUUUGUCUUUUGCAAUAGCAUAUUUUCUCCCUAUCAAGAUGAAAACAACGUGUUACAUAAAGAACAAACGAAUUUACAAAAAAUUA